AUAUCCAUUAUCCGUCACCCGUUAAAACCAAUCGUAUACGUAUUUAGUGUUUAGCAUUUUUUCGUUAUUAUGUUCGCCUAAAACCGAGUGCUCAAGAGUCAAGACGCUUUUAGUUCAUCCACAGACAAAUCGUUUUUUAGACUGUUGGAAAAUCGUUUGUCCGACCAAAUCGCCUACCCAUGCAUUCUUUACUGUCCCGGGGCAACUCGGUGCUGGCGUACACGCUGAGCGUGCUCGUCACUCUAACGUUUGCAUGUUUUCUUUCCACCAUAUUGGUCGAUUACCGGACUGGUACCGAGAUGAAGACGCUCAAAGUCGAAGUGAAAAACUUACCAGAUUAUGGUGUGUCCAAAAAGAUCAAUGACUUGGGUCACAUAACAUUCAAUCUCGACACAGAUCUCACUAGUCUAUUCAAUUGGAAUGUUAAACAAUUGUUUGUCUACAUGACAGCAGAAUACGAGACAUCUACAAAUGCCUUGAAUCAAGUAAUUUUGUGGGACAAAAUUAUUUUGAGAGGAGAAAACGCCAACUUGCAUCUUAAAAAUAUGCGAACAAAAUAUUACUUUUGGGAUGAUGGUAAUGGUUUAAGGUAAAUAAAUAUCAUUAUAAUG